AUGGCUAUCGCACAAGAGAGGGAAAUAGACGGGGAGACAAAGCUGCUGGACCGUCAUGGCUACCUCUUUGGCCAACACAUUCAGCACUCAUGGUCGCCCUUUCUUCACCGUAUCAUCUAUGAGGAUCUCGGAUUGAACUGGGCGCAGCUUCGACUCGACUCGGCCGACCUGCGCCAGUUUCUGCAACUUGCGCAACACCCCAACUUCUAUGGUGCGUCCGUCACCAUGCCCAACAAGGUGGCCAUCCUGCCGCACCUGGACGAGAUGACGGACGAGUGCCGCGACGUCGGCGCCUGCAACACCGUCUUCCUCCGCGCCGGCCCCUCCGGCCGACGGCUCCUGUGCGGCACCAACACGGACGUUGUCGGCAUCCGCGACUCCUUCUACCACGCCGUGGCCUCGCCCGACGCCGUCUUCCACGACCGGCCCGCGCUCGUCGUCGGCGGCGGCGGCGGCGCCCGCAGCGCCGUCUACGCCCUCCGCAAGUGGAUGCGCGCCACCACCAUCUACCUGGUCAACCGCGACGCUGGCGAGGUCGCCGCGGUGAUGCGCGACUGCGCUGCGCGCGGCUACGGCGACCGCCUGCGGCACGUCCGGACGGUCGCGGAGGCAGAGGGGCUGGAGCCGCCGGGUGCGGUGGUGGCGUGCGUGCCGGACCUGGAGCCGCGCACGGAGGAGGAGCGCACGGCGCGGGGGGUGGCGGACGCGCUGAUGACGGGGAGGAGGAGGGGCGUGGUGCUGGACAUGUGCUACAACCCGACGCCCUUUACGAGGCUGGUGGCGUUUGCGGAGGAUCACGGCUGGCAGGUGAUUCUCGGCACCGAGGCGAUGAUAUUGCAGGGGCUGGAGCAGGAUAAGUACUGGACGGGGAAGGGCGUCGCGGAGCUGCCGGUGGCAAAGGUGCGCGAGGCGAUUGCGGACCGGGUUGCGAAGCGUCUGGAGGCAAAGUUGUAG